UGCGGUGCAUUCUAAUUCGAUCGCCAUAAGUGUUGAUAAGUGUCGCUGCAAUCAAUGUUAAUCAGUUGCCCUCUAUGAUACGUAAAUAAGAGCCGGUAUUCUUUAAGUAACAAAUACUCAACAAUUUAGGAAAGAUGUCAGACGGUGAAGAUGAUUUCAUGUGCGAAGACGAGGAGGAUUAUGGUCUGGAAUACUCAGAAGAUAGUAAUUCCGAACCGGACGUGGACUUAGAAAACCAGUAUUACAACAGCAAAGCAUUGAAAGAGGAUGACCCGAAGAGUGCCUUGUGGUCUUUCCAGAAGGUGUUGGAUCUGGAAAAGGGGGAGAAAGGAGAAUGGGGCUUCAAAGCAUUGAAGCAAAUGAUUAAAAUAAACUUUAAAUUAGCCAACUUCGAUGAAAUGAUGACUCGCUACAAGCAGCUUCUAACUUACAUCAAGACAGCCGUGACCAGAAACCACAGUGAAAAGUCCAUCAAUUCUAUUUUAGAUUAUAUAUCAACAUCCAAGAACAUGGAUCUUUUGCAGGAUUUCUAUGAGACUACUCUGGAAGCUCUUAAGGAUGCAAAAAAUGAUAGGCUCUGGUUUAAAACGAACACUAAAUUAGGAAAACUUUAUUAUGAUCAGGGUGAUUAUAAUAAAUUAGCAAAAAUUUUAAAGCAAUUGCAUCAGUCAUGCCAAACUGAUGACGGAGAAGAUGAUCUUAAAAAGGGUACUCAGUUACUUGAAAUAUAUGCAUUAGAAAUACAAAUGUAUACAGAACAAAAAAAUAAUAAGAAACUUAAGACACUGUAUGAACAAUCUUUGCAUAUUAAAUCCGCAAUACCACAUCCUUUGAUAAUGGGAGUUAUUAGAGAAUGUGGAGGUAAAAUGCAUCUUCGUGAAGGAGAAUUCGAGAGAGCCCAUACUGAUUUUUUUGAAGCAUUCAAGAAUUAUGAUGAAUCCGGUAGCCCGCGACGCACAACUUGCCUCAAAUAUCUUGUACUAGCGAACAUGUUAAUGAAAUCUGGAAUAAAUCCGUUCGAUUCGCAAGAAGCAAAACCCUAUAAGAACGACCCAGAAAUAUUAGCCAUGACGAAUCUCGUCAAUGCGUAUCAGAAUAACGAUAUUAACGAAUUUGAGAAAAUCUUAAGGCAAAAUCGCGAAACAAUUAUGGAUGAUCCAUUUAUUCGUGAACACAUUGAAGAUCUCUUAAGGAACAUCCGUACACAGGUUCUCAUUGAACUCAUCAGGCCUUACACGAGAAUACAAAUUCCAUCUAUUUCAAGAGAACUAAACAUCGACGAAGACGAUGUAGAAAAUUUGUUAGUUUCCUGCAUUUUGGACAACACAAUCCAAGGAAGAAUUGAUGAAGUUAAUCACGUCCUUUUCUUGAAUCGGGAGAGCGUCAAUACAUCAAGAUACAAUGCAUUGGACAGAUGGAACAGCCAACUGGCUGCACUUCAUCUGUCCGUUGUUAAUAAAAUGGCAUAGACUCAUUCUAGUCGCCUUAUUCAUCAAAGAAGAGGCAGAAAUAUAUGAACUAAAAACAUUUAGCAGUCUCGUUUCACUAGGCUAAUAAAAAAAAACGUCAAUAUUAAUGUCGAAACAAUUCGGAUAAUGUUUAACAAAACCGGAUUUUGUUGAGCCCUUAUACAAAUCACGUUUUCCCCAAUUUUAUGCUAUGUUUCGUCAAGAAAAAAAAAACAAUCUACAAUCAUUUUUUUUACUUUAAUAUUAUGCAUCAAUCAUUUAUAUUAGAAAUCACAAUGGGUAUGUAAUAUGUAAGGGCUGCUACUAUUUAUGUAUUAAAACAGCAACAUAACGAGAUUUCCUAGUUACUGCAAAUUUACAAAUUUUAU